AUGUCAGACUCGCUUAUCACGCACGCAGACAGUUUCGUGGGAACAGGUGAGGAGGCAACGUCAGUGCAAUUGAGCAAACCAUUCAGCAGAGAAGAAACAAAGAUGGAAUACCGUCAUGCCGGACGCAGCGACGUCUGCAAGGAAGCGGACAUUACAGCCCCAAUGACGAAUCCCCAACAGUACAGAAGAGACAACAUUAAAUAUGCGCACUAUGGAAUACAACUCCAAGCUAGAGGCUUUACUCCCAGCAUUAGACCAACCGCUGGUCCGUGUGAGGUGCUGGACGCUGGGGUCAGCAGUGAGGAGUACUUCAUGGACCACCAACAGCGUGGUGUAGCACUCAUCUUCAGCCACAAGAACUUCGACGCUCGUCAACAUCCGGAUGGGGAUUACCAGCCUACUGCGAGAGAGGGCACAGACGCCGACAGAGACGCACUUCGCCUCACAUUUGUAAUGCUCGGCUUCGAAGUACUCUGCUUCAACGAUAGGAGUCAUGAGGAAAUAACCAGUGAACUCAGACAUGUGGCGGAGCAGGACCACGACAGUCGCGACUGCGUUGCAGUGGCGGUUCUCUCCCACUGCGGGAGGGACGGGCAGCUGAGCGCCAGAGACCGCGAGUACCACGUCAGCGAGCUGUGGCAGCCGUUCGCUCCCAGGCGCUGCCCGAGCCUCGACGGGAAACCCAAGCUCUUCUUCAUACAGGCAAGUAGAGGACGGGGCCUUGAUCUCGGCGUGAACAUAAGCAACAUCAUUACCGACGCCCCGGACGCGGGCCAUGGUUCUUACGCCGACGUACUAGUCUCGUACUCUGCAUUUGAAGGUGUCACAGCCGCCGGUGAAACACAAAAUGCCUCGCGGUUUGUGCAGACUCUGCACGACGAACUCGUAGCCCAUAGGAGAGGCAAAGACCUGGUGUCGUUGCUCACAGACGUGAACCGCACCGUGGCUCAGCAAGUACGCUUACGCACCGACUGGGAGCAUCUGUUGCAUGGCAGGCUGCUUCAGCCCUGCUUCACCUCAACCUUGACGCGCCGUGUCUACUUCCGCUAGAUGAAUCCACUGCACUCACCAGGCCACCGGCAGUGACGCUUUCCUUGUCACUGCCGCGCGCCGACGACAACGCAUCCACUGCAGCCCCGGAAGCUUUGACUGCCCAGUCUUGUCCAGCGGUUGCAGUCUUCCUCUACUCAAUGUUCCUGCAGUGGAACAGAUUGCCCCGUUGCUCAUCACAGUUUAAUUAACAUACCUUGAAUCAUUUAGAAGACAUAAUAAUAUACCAUUAACUUGCCUGUAGUUACAAUUUAAAAACGGUUGCAUUCCCACUUUAUACAAAUACAUACACUGAGAUAUUAAAGGUAAACAUUACCAGGGGCGUUCAGUAAGUAAUGCUAAACUUUUUUCUCUGAAAGCAGGUUGGUUUCGUUCAUGAUUCAGAUACACCAUAUUAUUCCCCACUCUUUUGGCUGCAAAACUUACUUUUCUAUAUAAUCGCAGUUCAAUGUGACGACUUUACGUGACCCUACUUGGAGGGCUUGCAUGCCCACAUGGUACUACUCAACUGGACGUCAGAGCCAGCAUCAAUAACCUCCCCAUCGCCUAAGUACUGCCUCCCAUGGAGUGAAUCCUCCACUGGGCCACAUAGAUGGAAUUUGGAAGGUGCGGGUCCACGCUGUAACUGAGUAGUCCAACUGGUAGGCGAGUGUGUCAGCACCACCAAAAAGAGACGUCCAGUUAAGCAGCAUUUUCGAUUGUAAUCUGUCGAACACCUCGAAUGAGAGUGUCCACACGUUCCAACAUUGCAGUAGCCACAGCUGUGUAUGGUAGGCCAGCACGUGUGACAUCGGACAUGUUUUUGUGACCAUGUUGCGGUGACGCAGACGCCUAGCUCAACGAAUCAGGUGCUUUUGUUCACUGCUGGGUCUCCAUAGACAUUCUGCAGGCGCCUAUGAAUAUCUGCGAUGCUCUAGUUUCCCGCCAACAGAAACACAACGACAGCUUUCUGCCUUGGAAUGGACCUCCGAUACUGACGCCAUUUUGAAGGCUACAUAUAGCGCUACCACCUAUCAGAACUUCAUGAAGUUAUAUAGAGGCUGAAGCGGUAUUGUUCCACGAUGUUCCACAAGAAAUUCCACAUUUUUCACCCGAAAUUGGGCGAGUCAAAGAUAUUUUCGAUUGCUUGCUGAGCGCCCAUAAUAUUAAUAAUAAAAUGGAACAUUAGGAGACCAUCAGAUUCCUCAUGGAUAGUGCUCUUAUUACAGAAAUAAGAAAUCACCAAAUUGUCGUCGAAUUGAAGGCUGGGGAAGACCACCACUUUAUUAUGAGAUUUGGUUAUACAGUCUAGGUAUCUUGGUUUUGUUUGAAACAUAUUUUUCCUUUCUCAAGUCUUCAUGGAUAAUAAUAUGUACAAUAUUUGUUUCAUUUAACAAAUGUAGCAUGGAUCUACUGUAUGUAAUAAAAUAUUUGCUGAUAUUCUUGGCUUAUUAUAUACUAUUGCUGGGAAAUGUGCUAGAAUUAGUAUGAGAGAAUAUAUCAGUUAACAACACCUACAUUUAUUCCAGAGCAGUAUUCUGAUAUUCUGUGAAUGUCCAGCAAAAACAGACUAACAAAUCUCUACAUGCUUAAUGUAAGUUAUAACAUAGAUAUUAUCAUGUCUCUCUCUAUCUCUUGGUGGUGUUUCAUGUAUGAAAAUCAGUACAUCAUUCUAUGAUUUGAUGUUUCCCACUGGUAAUCCCCCCCACUACCUGUAACAUGAUUUUGUUACUAUCUGAAAUACACCAAAUCUUGGCUUGUCAGCAGUGAAGGGAUUAUGUUUUAGUCUUUAAUUUUACAAUAUUUUAGAGCAUUAGCAAUCAAGUCAGUAAACUUUAAAUUGAAAUGUCUUCUGAUUAGAUAUGAAACUUUGAAAAGCAGAUUCUUUAAAUGACAGGGACACAAGUAGAAGGUAACUGAGUUUCAUACUUAAAUCAUAUCUUUCUCAUAUUAAUUACAAAUAUGUCAUUUGUUGUAAUAAAAUAAAAUAAUGCAGAGGUUAUGGCAUUAGAUUAACAUUCGAAAGGCACAGGGUUCAGCGCCCUACACAGAAUUAAGUUUUCUGAGAGGUCUCUAAGCAGCUUAAGUGAAAUUCUAGAAACUUCUUUUGAGUGUCACUGCUGGUUUUUUCUCGUCUUUGUCCAGCUUAACCUUGUUCUCCAUAAAGAAUCACGGUUUUAUACAGUUAUUCUAAUAUAAAAAUCUUCCUGUUUUAUUGACAGACAGCUGAAUCACUGUAAAAAUUAUUUCCUUAUUGUUAAACAGAAAUGUAAUGUUAUACCCUUAUAUAUUUUAAAUAUUUGUUUAUAUUUUAUCAAGAGAAUCUUUAAUGGUGAUGAGUAUAUAUUUUCAUUGUAUUUCUUAAAGCUUUGUCUUUCAAUUUGUUAUCAGUACAUCUAUUGCUAUAACAAUUUACCAUCACGUUCAGGGGAUUUCUGGUAUUCUGUGAAAUGUAAAUUAGUCUUACAUUUAUGUGUAGAUAGUAUUAUUACUAUUUUCACUUUUAAAAAUUGGAAAUAAAGCAUGUGUAAUCUUAUAUCCCCAUAAUUAUAGGUAACAUCUUUUUAACAAAAAUUAUUAAUCUUUGUAUUUGUUAAUAUAUUAUUUUUCAUUCCAUUUCUAUUGAAGGACAAUUUAUUUUCCUAAUAAACAUCACAGUACAACUAAUAUUUGAAAUUUUUUGCGAAACAUCUCAAAUUUUUGUAAUUUCUUAUAUCUUCACAAAGAAUUUUGGCUCAGACUUCUUUUAUUACAUAUGUAUGGAAAUAUUAUGAAUGUGUUUUUUCCAUGAAACUAUAUGUCAUCAUUCAAAUAAAAGCACUUUUUGUCCAUUGUCCUAAAUUUUUUGUUUAGAAUAUCCACCACUGAAUCCACUUGUUUAUACCCAACUUACUGGUAGUAUUGAAAUAAUUUCUAUUCUCUUUUUAUUACUACUGCACAUAUUAAGGGAACUAACGUUGCUCGAAAUAAUUCACACGCGUAUUUUCUGUCUUCAGAAAGAAUUUAAAACAAAACAAAUACUAAUAAACAGAAAUAGUGAGUGGGGUUUUGCAAUGUACUUAAAAGUAUCAAUUCAUGAAGCAUAGAUAAUAAGUGGCUUACUCUUUAUAGACAGAAUCAUUGUCCUGAAAACAAAGUAUGUGAUAAUGAUGUUGGCAGAACCACUUCCUCUGAAAUAAUUUAGAGAAAUAGUGGAAAUCCACAAUCAAGAUAAGGACAUACCAUUAUCAAUCAUCUUGAAUGUUCUUAUUUUUUUUCAUAUCAAGUUAUCAUACAACAUACUGGUAAUGUACAACUUCAUGCAGCAAUAUAACCAUUCGUUUUGUGACUGUAAGAAUGAAAGUUCAAAAGGCACAUGACUUUGCUUAACAAACCUAAAGUAACAAUUUAAACAUCUGUUUUUAAAUAAAAAAGAUUAAAUUCCAAUUGCUGCACUGUAUGGGCAUUAUUUUGGUAUGUAAUUCAGAUUUAGGUGUAUUGCAUCUUUCAAUGCAUCGUCAUGGAUGAAUGUGUGUAGAUGAUUAAAGUUUUUCUGAUAAA